AUGACUAAGUACAACCAUGGAUUCAGCAAUCACAACUACAGCUGUAGCAGCAACAAAGUCAGUGGCCCCAACAAUACCCAAAGCUACAGCAACAACCACAACAGCCACACAAAUAACCGCUGCUUCAGCAAUAACAAGCACAACUUCCCCAACAACAAUAGGAUCUGGACCCAGAGAACAUCACAACUUCAUCCACCGCAGAGAACGACGACACACGAGCACAGAACAUCAAUCUGUAACAGAGAAGAGGAGCUUCGACCACCUCACCAUGACUGUAAAGAUCUUUGUCGUCCUUCUGCUGUUUGUUGCUUCUUGCAGCGCACAGUCAACAACUACAGCUGCUCCAACAACAACUACAGCUGCUCCAACAACUACAGCUGCUCCAACAACUACAGCUGCUCCAACAACUACUGUUGCUCCAACAACUACAGCUGCUCCAACAACUACAGCUGCUCCAACAACUACAGCUGCUCCAACAACUACUACAGCUGCUCCAACAACUACUACAGCUGCUCCAACAACUACUACAGCUGCUCCAACAACAACUACAGCUGCUCCAACAACUACUACUGCUCCAACAACAACUACAGCUGCUCCAACAACAACUACAGCUGCUCCAACAACUACAGCUGCUCCAACAACUACAGCUGCUCCAACAACUACUGUUGCUCCAACAACUACAGCUGCCCCAACAACUACAGCUGCUCCAACAACUACUGUUGCUCCAACAACUACUGUUGCUCCAACAACUACAGCUGCCCCAACAACUACAGCUGCUCCAACAACUACUACAGCUGCUCCAACAACAACUACAGCUGCUCCAACAACUACAGCUGCUCCAACAACUACUGUUGCUCCAACAACAACUACAGCUGCUCCAACAACUACUACUGCUCCAACAACAACUACAGCUGCCCCAACAACAACUACAGCUGCUCCAACAACUACAGCUGCUCCAAUGACCACACCUGCCUCAAACACAACCACAACUGCUUCUAACACAACCACAACUGGUCUUGACACAACUACAACUGCUUCUAACACAACUACAGGCAUAAAUUCCUCUACAUCACCUUCUACCACCUCCUCUGCCCUCAUCAACAACAUCAGUCUCCUAUCAGCCGUCGUGGCCCUGAUGGCACAUGCACUUUGCUCAUAUUGUGAAGGUGUUCACAUCCUGUAAAUGAAGCGAUAAAUGAAGGAUUUAAAGAAGGUAUAAAUAAGAUGAUAUGCUAAUUUGUUCUGUUUAUGUGUGUGUUUGUAAUAUUGAUCUCUGGUGCAUCAGAAAAUGCACAUGAGCUUCCUGGAGGUGUUGUGUAAUUUCAUUUAAUCCAGCAUCUGUGAUGGGAAGCAGGUCCUGCUUCAGAGCACUGUGAGUGAAUCUGUCUAAUGGAAGCUUGAUGGUAAUAUUCUGUCUGUCCUUACAUUGCUUUUAAAGAUUCUUUACAAUAAAAGUUGUGUAAGUUGUA